AUGGUAAUGCGUCGACGUACUUUUUUAAAAUAUUUAGUUUUAAUUCCAACUUUAUGGAUUAUUGCAAUAUUAACAUUUUCAUUUCGUACUGAUUCUUCAUCAAUACCUCAAAUAAAUAAUGAUAUUCCAAUUAAUGUUAUUAAUCAAAUAGCAUCAGUACCAUCAUUAGUUGAUCGUAUUAGAAAUGUUCUACCAUUUAUACAACACAAUAAUGAUCAUGAUCAUCCAUCAGAAGAACGUAUUAAAGCUCAUGAACAAGAAAGAGAAAUGAAUGCUAAAGUACAAAUUGUUGCACCAGAAAGAAAUAAUCAUCAUGAUCAAAAUAUGAGUGGUCCCGGUGAAAUGGGUAAUCCAAUACGAAUAAAAAAAGAUAAAUUAACAGAAGAUGAAAGAAAAAAAUUUGAUGAAGGAUGGAAAAAUAAUGCAUUUAAUCAAUAUGCUAGUGAUAUGAUAUCAGUACGACGAACUUUAGCUGAUGUUCGGGAUCCUGAAUGUAAAAAAGUUGAAUUUCAUCCAAAUUUAGCUGAAACAUCAGUAAUUAUUAUAUUUCAUAAUGAAGCACGAUCAGUAUUAUUACGUACUAUUUGGUCUGUUCUUGAUCGUUCACCAGAACAUUUAUUAAAAGAAAUAAUACUUGUUGACGAUUUUUCGGAUAAAGAACAUUUGAAAAAAAUGCUUGAAGAUGAUAUUAAACCAAUGAAAAAAGUUCGAUUACUUCGUACAGAUAAGCGUGAAGGUCUUAUACGAGCUCGUCUAAUGGGUGCUAUGGAUGCCAAAGGAAAAGCUUUAGUCUUUUUGGAUUCACAUUGUGAAUGUGCUGAAGGAUGGCUUGAACCAUUAUUAGAUCCUAUUGCACGUAAUCCCAAAGCAUCAGUUGUACCAUUAAUUGAAAUUAUUGAUGAUGGAACAUUUGAAUUUAAAGCUACACCAAUAGAAGGUAUUCAAGUAGGUGGAUUUGAUUGGAAUCUUAUUUUCAAUUGGCAUACAACACCAGAAAGAGAAAUGAAACGACGAAAAAAUAGAACUGAUCCAAUUAGAAGUCCAACAAUGGCUGGCGGUUUAUUUGCUAUUGAUCGAGAUUGGUUUGAACAAUUAGGAAUGUAUGAUCCGGGCAUGGAUAUUUGGGGUGGUGAAAAUCUUGAACUUUCUUUUAAGCUAUGGCAAUGUGGUGGUGAACUUUUAUGUGCUCCAUGUUCACAUGUUGGUCAUGUCUUUCGAAAACGUUCACCAUAUAGUUGGCCUAAAAAUGUUAAUGUUGUUAGAAAAAAUACUGUUCGUCUUGCUGAAGUAUGGCUUGAUGAAUAUAAACAUUAUUAUUAUGAACGAAUUAAUUAUCAACUUGGUGAUUAUGGUGAUAUAUCUGAUCGAUUAAAAAUUCGUGAAAAUCUUCAAUGUAAACCAUUUAAAUGGUUUCUUGAUAAUAUUUAUCCUGAACAGUUUGUUCCAGGAGAAAGUUUAUAUUACGGCGAGAUUCGAAGUCAAGGAAAAAUAAAUGUAUGUAUUGAUUCACAAGAAGUCGAAGAUCGUGAUAGAGCUAUUAUUGGUUAUCCAUGUCAUGGACAAGGUGGCAAUCAAUAUUUUCUUUACUCGAAAAAUUAUGAAGUACGACGAGAAGAAAAAUGUUUAGAUUAUCCUGGAGGACAUUUACGUGAACCCAAUAGAAUUGUUUCGAUGACAUGUCAUUCAAUGCAAGGAAAUCAAAUGUGGUUUUAUGAAGAUGAUAUGAUACGACAUGCAUCAGGUUAUUGUAUCGAACUAUCAGCAAUAAAUUAUAAAGAUAUUUGCAUGAAUACAUGUGAUCCAUUGAAUCCCUUUCAAAAAUGGUCUUGGAAAAAACGUCUUGACAAAACGACGAACAAUUUUUAA